UUGACCAUUUUUCAGAGCUUGGAAACUCUAGACAACGGGAAACCAUUUAACAGCGCCGUCGGUGACAUAAUAUUUGUCAUCAAAGUUUUCAGAUAUUUCGCAGGGUGGUCAGACAAAAACCAUGGAAAAACUGUGCCUGUCGAUGGCCAAUUUUUCUCAUACACGAGACAUGAACCAGUCGGAAUAUGUGGACAGAUAAUUCCGUGGAAUUAUCCAAUGUUGAUGCUCGCGUGGAAGCUCGCACCUGCAAUUUCAAUGGGUAACGUAGUAGUACUCAAGCCAGCAGAGCAAACGCCGCUAACUGCACUGUAUGCGGGAGCACUAGUAAUCGAGGCGGGGUUUCCUCCUGGCGUUGUCAACAUUGUCCCAGGAUACGGACCGACGGCAGGGGCGGCAUUGGCCAAUCACAAAGAUGUCAAUAAAGUUGCGUUCACCGGCUCGACAGAGGUAGGUCAGCUGAUCAUGCAGGCUGCCGGAGCUUCCAAUCUGAAGAGGACAACUUUAGAACUGGGAGGGAAAAGUCCUAAUGUCAUUUUCCCGGACGUUGAUGUUGAUAAGGUGGUGGAUUUCGCCAAUGAAGCAGCGAUGGCAAACAUGGGUCAGUGCUGUAUUGCCGGGUCAAGGACGUUCGUGCAUGAGGAUAUUUAUGACGAGUUUGUCAAGAAGUCUGUGGAACGGGCGAAGAAAAGAACUGUGGGUGAUCCCUGGGAAAACCCAGAAAACGGACCACAGAUCGAUGAGGAACAACUCAACAAGAUUCUUGACCUAAUCAAGUCAGGACAGGAGGACGGUGCUAAACUAGAGUGUGGCGGGAAUCGACAUGGUGACACGGGAUAUUUCAUCCAACCAACGGUGUUCAGCGGUGUUAAAGAUAACAUGCGCAUUGCUAAAGAAGAGAUCUUUGGACCAGUCCAGAGUAUUUUCAAAUUCAAAACAAUGGAAGAAGUUCUCGAGCGGGCUAACGAAACGAACUAUGGGCUAGCUGCUGCCGUGUUCACUAACGACAUCAACACAGCUAUGACCUAUACACAGGGCGUCAAAGCGGGAAGCGUAUGGGUAAAUUGUUACCUGAUAAUGAAUGCCCAGUCACCGUUUGGUGGUUACAAGAUGUCUGGUAUUGGAAGAGAACUUGGGGAGUACGGUCUUAGCCAGUACACAGAGGUGAAAAAUGUUGUCAUCAAGAUUCCAGAGAAAAACUCUUAAAACUGUAGCGCACGAUCACGCAAUUUCUACUACAUUUACCUGCAGGAACUAAUCAAUACAAACAUUUUACUUCUCAUGCUUGCUGUUUAUAUUAGCAUACUUGCAUAAACAUGAAAAUUAUAUACUGUACAGUAUGUUGAUUUCAAAUAUGAUUAGUAUUAUCUCUACUGGUGUUUUAACUCGCUUCAUUUGAUUUGUUUGUUUUUUUUUUCCAGAAAAUUAUAUUUCAAAGCAUUCGCAAAAAAAAAAACAUUUUGUAGAUCUGACAUUAUUACAAUUUUUCCAAGACGGAAGUAUACGGGUGUAAGAAGAUCUUAUUUGAUUUUAUGGUUACUUCACUUGUUCUGUUUAUAUUUCACCUGUUUACUCUAUUAAGAACUUAUAAUGCCUUUCAGAGUAGUGUGGCUUACACAUGUUUUGUUAUGACCAUAACGUAUGUCACUAGUAUUUCUUGUUAAUCUUAUUCUUAUAAUUGUUUUCUAAUAUAUUUUAUAUAUUGGUUUGAAUAUUAAUAAACUUGGUGGAAAACC